AUGGCGCCGACGACCGCGCUCGAGCGCCUGGGCGAGGUGAAGCGUCCGGAGAGGGACGCGAAGGCGUAUCGGAGGAUUCGAUUGAAGAAUGGCAUCGAGGCGCUGUUGAUCUCCGACGCCACGCUCUGCGGCGUCGACGACGAGAACGCGAGCGAGGGUGAGGCCUCGGAGGGAUCGGUGAUGAGUGAAGACGGUGAAGGGAGCGACGCGGGGGAGGAAGAGAGUGCGGGGGGGGGGAUGAAGCUCGCGGCGUGCUCCGUCGCGUUCGACGUCGGAUACUUUGCGGACUCGGUGGAGUGCGAGGGCUUGUCGCACUUCCUGGAGCACAUGGUUUUCAUGGGGAGCGAGGCGUUCCCUGGGGAGAAUUACUUUGGGGAGUGGUUGAACGAGCACUGGGGGAGCGAUAACGCGAUGACGGAUUCGGAGAACACCGUGUUCUAUUUCGAGUGCAACCCGACGAAUUUAAGAGAAGCCUUGGAUAUAUUCAGUGGGUUUUUCCUGAGUCCGUUGAUAAAGCUCGAUAGCGUCGAUCGCGAGGUCACGGCGGUGGAGAGCGAGUUCGAGCGUGUGGUGAAUAACGACUCGGUUCGUUUCGAGUUGUUGCUCUCGAGCUUGGCUCGCGACGGUCAUCCGUUCGGGAAGUUUGGGUGGGGUAAUCGCGCGUCUUUGACACAGAGCGCACCGUACAAAGAGGGUCGGCUUCGCGACGUGUUACUCGAGCACUGGAGAAGGCAUUAUCACGCCAAGCGCAUGUCGAUUGCGAUCGUCGGCGCCGAAGACCUCGAUACGUUGGAGAGUUGGAUGGUUGAUAUUUUUGGCAAGAUGAGAGCAGACGGAGACGACGCGAUCGAUUUAGAGAAGACGCAGCCGUCGCCGUACGCGGACGUCGUGCCGAUACGAGUGCUGACGACGCAGGUCAAGGAUGGGCAGACGGUGUCGAUCACGCACGAGUUACCCGCGUGGACGCAAAAGAACUACAAGUUCAAAUCGGCGGCGUACAUCGAGACCUUGCUCGGGCACGAGGGCCACGGAUCGCUCUUCGCUGAGUUGAAACGUCGAGGGUGGGCGAGCGACCUGCGCGCGGGCGUCGGUGCAGGUGGCAUCGACUCAUGCAGCGCUGGCGCUCUCUUUGGCACGUCGAUUAGUCUCACCGAUGAGGGAUUGGAGCGCGUCGAUGACGUCAUCGAACUGUUCUUCGCCUACAUCAACAUGUUACGCACUGUGGGACCGCAAGAGUGGUUUUGGAACGAAAUCAAGCGUUUGUCCGAGAUCGAUUUCCGAUUCCGCGAGCCCGAAGACGCGGCAGAGUACACUGAACGCCUCGUGGCGGACAUUCGCAAGUUCGCACCCGAGGACGUCUUGUGUGGGCCCGACGUGUAUGAGGCAUAUAAACCGGAUGAAAUCCGUGAAAUCAUCGAUUUGAUGACACCGCAGAGAGCCAUCGUCGUCGUUCAAAGACACGAGUGGACCGGCGAGGGUGAGGGCGUCGAGUUUGAGCAGUGGAUUAACUUUCCAUUCAAGAAGGAGACGAUCACGCCGUCUGUGUUGGAAAGCUGGACGAAGGCGGAUGCCGGCGAUCGCCUGCACUAUCCAGCACCAAAUCCUUACAUUGCAAGUGAUUUCCGCAUUCGGACUUCGCUGGGUGAUCACGGCGACGCGUUAUUUUCGCCAAGCAUUGUUCACGAGUGCGAUGUCAUGCGUAUUUGGCAUCGACUUGACGAUCGAUUCCUCCAGCCUCGCUCGUGCCUGUACUUCCAGGUGACGCUUCCGAACAUUCCAGACGGUGCGUUUGGAAUGAUGUUGGUGCAGCUCUUCGUCGCCAUGUGCGAAGACAGUGUGAAUGAAUCCAUCUAUUAUCCGGCGCAUCUCGCUGGAAUGGAGGUUGAAAUAUGCGCCUCGGCAUCCUACUCAGGAUUUAUUCUAACUCUUGAAGGUUUGAGCGACAAACUCGGUGAGUUGGCGAUUUCAUACUUCAAGACGCUCACAUCGCUGAAAAUCGAUCCGGAGAGAUUUGAAAAACGUAAGGAGGAACGCCUGAGAGACAUUCACAAUUUGUGCCUGAAUCCGGCGAGGCAUGCGACGCGCUCGCUCGAAGUCUUGCUCAAAAACAAAGAUGCGACGCAAGACGACAAGGCGCGCGCGCUUCAAGCGAUGACCGCCAAUGACUUGCAAGCAUUCGUUGAUGCUAUCUGGGAGCAAGCGCACGUGGAGUCGUUGAUGAUUGGAAACGUAACAAAGGAAGAGGCCUGUUCCAUCGGUGCGGUUGUUCGCGAAUGUCUACCGGGCGCUCCGAUCGCGGAAAACGCUUGGCCAGAGAUGCGCAUGGCGACCGUUCCUACGGGGACACACUUGUUCAGCGUUAAGGCUAUUAACGACGACGAGACGAACAGCGUGGUCUGUUUCCAUUUCCAAAUCGGCGAGAGCACGUGGCGCGGGCGUGCUUUUGUUAUUUUGAUGCAGUCGCUGAUGCACGAGAAGCUCUUCGAUCAACUUAGAACGAAGGAGACGCUCGGCUACAGCGUGAGCUGCUCAUUCGAGUCGGUACACGAGAUAUUGGGCUAUCGCGUCAUGGUGGAAUCUGCCUUCCACCCGCCGAGCUUCGUGUCGAGCCGCAUAGCCGCCUUCUUGAGAUCUUUCCCCGAAAUAUUGCAAGGGUUGGAUGACGCGUCAUACGAGAAGACUCGUCAGAGCGUGGUCGAUGAUAUCUUGGCGGAAGACGUUAACUUACGCGACGAGGCGCUCCGCCACUGGGCGCACAUCGUCAAUCAAAAGUAUCAAUUUCAUCGAGGUCGCCACGUCGCGCAAAUUGUCAGCGAAAUCACCAAGCAAGAAGCCGCUGACUGGUGCCGACAAUACAUUAUUCCGUGUUUUGGAGUCGUUUCGAAUUCCGCCGACAUGGACUCUCCCGCUUCGGCGCCGCAUACGCGACAUGUGAUGAUUCACGUGCACGCAAAGAACCAUCCCAUCCCUGAAGACUCCGGAUUGUUGAGUGAAAUCGGAUCACAACACGUCUCGAGCAUACCGCCGACUGUCAAGGGCAUGGGGGACGCGUAUUUUGGAGUAUCCGCGGAGUUCAAGAAGAAGUGGUCGUUGUAUCCGCAGCAAGGUUGCGCGACCGUCGUCGACGAGCUCAUUAUGCCAGAGCUGUCCAGUGUAAACCGAUCCGUCGUGCGAGCCGGUAAGCGUUUGGAUUUAGACACGGACGCACUGCAAGACAAAACCCCGAGUUUGCGGAGUCAGUGGGCGUCGGAUUUACAGCAAAUGCGCGGCGAGUGUGGCGCAUCCUGCGCAUGUCGUCGUACCAAGAAGCCCGUCUUGCCGUUCGUACUACCCAGUAAGUAA